AACCCAAAUCGACACGAUGACCGAAAUUAUACUAUAUAAUUAAUUAUACUGUCAUGACAUCGACAAGAAAAAAAGGUUUAUUGCUGUGUCAAAGCCAAUGCACUAUCGUCAAGUGGUUACGGUUCCCCGUUGCUUGGUGGUGAUCGCCUUAACUUGGUUUUUCGCCGCCUUGCUGGGGUCUUCUGCAUUCCUAGUACCAUACGACCAAAUCAGCGGCGUGUGGAUCGCAGGUAGCGUGAUUACAGGGUUUAUACCCGCCGUGGUGAUCUCAUUCUGCUACAGUCAGAUCGUCAUAGCUGCCAAGACGCAAACAAACAAGAUCAACGAGGCACAGCCGAGGAAUUCACAGCAAACGAUCGAGGAGACACGCAACCGCCUAAAGAACCGCAAAGCAGCGUGGACUUUUGGCAUCGUGAUCGUGCUGUUUGUAGUCCUCUACCUGCCGAGCCUCGUCACCAACUUCAUAACCCUCGGAGCAAGCACACAGUGUGACUUCUUCGAUAUCAACCGCGUGUGGUUCUGGACAUCCAUGAUUUGCUACUCAAGCUCGGCCAUCAACCCUUGGGUAUACGCCAUACGCAUGCGCGAGUUCAGGACCUCUGUCAAACGGUUGCUCACGUGUUGAACACGAGGUUUCGUAU